GUUACACCCAAGCGUGGGUUUCGAAGGCGCGGAAUCUUCCUUACAGACCGAUUUAAGGCGGCGAGGAAGGGGUCCUGGGACCAUGGCUUUCCCUGAGCCAAAGCCGCGGCCUCCGGAGCUGCCGCAGAAACGGUUGAAGACGCUGGACUGCGGGCAAGGGGCGGUGCGAGCCGUACGAUUUAAUGUGGAUGGCAAUUACUGCCUGACGUGCGGCAGUGACAAGACCCUGAAGCUAUGGAACCCGCUUCGGGGGACGCUGCUGCGGACGUACAGCGGCCACGGCUACGAGGUGCUGGAUGCGGCCGGCUCCUUUGACAACAGCAGUCUCUGCUCCGGCGGCGGGGACAAGGCGGUAGUUCUGUGGGAUGUGGCAUCAGGACAGGUCGUGCGCAAAUUCCGGGGCCAUGCAGGGAAGGUGAACACGGUGCAGUUUAAUGAAGAGGCCACAGUUAUCCUGUCCGGCUCUAUUGAUUCCAGUAUCCGCUGUUGGGAUUGCCGCUCACGGAGGCCUGAGCCCGUGCAGACGCUGGAUGAGGCCAGAGAUGGCGUGUCCAGUGUGAAGGUGUCAGACCACGAGGUCCUGGCAGGCUCCGUGGACGGCCGCAUGAGACGCUAUGACCUGAGGAUGGGCCAGCUCUUCUCAGACUACGUGGGCAGCCCCAUCACCUGCACCUGCUUCAGCCGGGACGGGCAGUGCACCCUGGUGUCCAGUCUGGACUCCACAUUGCGGCUCCUGGACAAAGACACAGGGGAGCUGCUGGGCGAGUACAAGGGCCAUAAGAACCAGGAGUACAAGCUGGACUGCUGCCUAAGCGAGCGUGACACACAUGUGGUCAGCUGCUCUGAGGACGGGAAGGUGUUCUUCUGGGACCUGGUGGAGGGUGCCCUGGCUCUGGCCCUGUCUGUGGGUCGUGGCGUGGUGCAGUCACUGGCCUACCACCCCACGGAGCCCUGCCUGCUGACCGCCAUGGGGGGCAGCGUCCAGUGCUGGCGGGAAGAGACCUAUGAGGCAGAGGAUGGAGCAGGCUGAAGCCGGGGACCCACCAACAGGACUACGGACCGAGACACAGAUGCGGAAGGACUGCAGAGACCAUUUUAUUCUAGAGACGUGGCUGACCAAAAAGUAGGGGAGGGGCUGGGUCUGCAAAUUAAUAAAUAGAGGAGGGGGUAAGACCUUGGGACAGCA